GAAGAAGAUCCAGAGGGGUCUGAGUCCAGAUUACCCAGAAUCCCUGGAGCAUCUGUUUGAGGGCGAGGAUGAAGAGCAGAGGAGGAACAGCAGAGAGGCGUUUGUGAAGAUCACAGUGAACUUCCUGAGGAGAAUGAAGCAGGAGGAGCUGGCUGAGCGUGUGCAGAGCAAUGUUUCUGCUGCAGUUUGUAAAAAGCGGCUGAAGACUAAGCUGAAGAAGAAGUACCAGUGUGUGUUUGAGGGGAUUGUUAAAGCAGGAAACCCAACCCUUCUGAAGCAGAUCUACACAGAGCUCUACAUCACAGAGGGAGGGACUGCAGACGUCAACAAUGAACAUGAAGUCAGACAGAUUGAAGCAGCUUCCAGGAAACCAGACAGAGCAGAAACAACCAUCAGACAGGAAGACAUCUUUAAACUCCCACCUGGAAGAGAUGAACCAAUCAGAACAGUGAUGACGAAGGGAGUGGCUGGCAUCGGGAAAACAGUCCUAACACAGAAGUUCACUCUGGACUGGGCUGAAGGCAAAGCCAACCAGGACAUCCAGUUAUUGCUUCCAUUCACCUUCAGAGAGCUGAAUGUGCUGAAAGAGAGAAAGUUCAGCUUGGUGGAACUUGUUCAUCACUUCUUCACUGAAACCAGAGAAUUCUGCAGCUUUGAAGAGUUCCAGGUCGUGUUCAUCUUUGACGGUCUGGAUGAGAGUCGACUUCCUCUGGACUUCCACAACAAUGAGGUCCUGACUGAUGUUACAGAGUCCACCUCAGUGGAUGUGCUGCUGACAAACCUCAUCAGGGGGAACCUGCUUCCUUCUGCUCGUCUCUGGAUCACCACACGACCUGCAGCAGCCAAUCAGAUCCCUCCUGAGUGUGUUUCCAUGGUGACGGAGGUCAGAGGGUUCACUGACCCACAGAAGGAGGACUACUUCAGGAAGAGAUUCAGAGAAGAGGAGCAGACCAGCAGGAUCAUCUCCCACAUCAAGACAUCACGGAGCCUCCACAUCAUGUGCCACAUCCCAGUCUUCUGCUGGAUCACUGCUACAGUCCUGGAGAAUGUCCUGGAAACCACAGAGGGAGGGGAGCUGCCCAAGACCCUGACUGAGAUGUACAUCCACUUCCUGGUGGUUCAGACCAAACUGAAGAUGGUCAAGUAUGAUGGAGGAGCUGAGACGGAUCCAUACUGGAGUCCAGAGAGCAGGAAGAUGGUGGAGUCUCUGGGAAAACUGGCUUUUGAGCAGCUGCAGAAAGGAAACCUGAUCUUCUAUGAACCAGACCUGAGAGAGUGUGGUAUCGAUGUCAGAGAGGCUUCAGUGUACUCAGGAGUGUUUACCCAGAUCUUUAGAGAGGAGAGCAGCCUGUACCAGGACCAGGUCUUCUGCUUCAUCCAUCUGAGUGUUCAGGAGUUUCUGGCUGCUCUUCAUGUCCAUCGGACCUUCAUCAAGUCUGGAGUCAACCUGCUGGAGGAACAAAGACACACCUCCAGGUGGUUUAAAACAAGAGCAGAGACUGACCUCUAUCAGAGUGCUGUGGACAAGGCGUUACAGAGUCCAAACGGACACCUGGACUUGUUCCUCCGCUUCCUCCUGGGUCUCAAACUUGAGACGAAUCAGACUCUCCUACGAGGUCUGCUGAAACCAAAACAAACAAGUUCACAGAACAAACAGGAAACAGUUGAAUACAUCAAGAAGAAGAUCAUUGAGGAUCUGUCUGCAGAGAGAAGCAUCAACCUGUUCCACUGUCUGAAUGAACUGAACGAUCGGUCUCUGGUGAAUGAGGUCCAACGGUCCCUGAGGUCUGGACAUCUCUCCACAGAUGAACUGUCUCCUGCUCAGUGGUCGGCUCUGGUCUUCAUCCUACUGUCAUCAGAAGAUCUGGAGGUGUUUGACCUGAAGAAAUACUCAGCUUCAGAGAAGGUUCUACGGAGGCUGCUGCCUGUGGUCAAAGUCUCCAAGAAAGUUGUGUAA